UCAUCAACUGAACAGCACACACAGUUACAAGGACAGCAAAGAACAAACUCAGUUGAACAACAGAAAAGACCUUUAUCUCCAGUGUAUUCAAAGAACCACAAGGCCAAAAAGCUAAAGGGUCAGCCAUCAUCAAGCCAAUAUGUCAAAGACAUAGAAAAUAGGUGCAAUGAUUGCAGAUUAGAGGGAACACCUAAGUUUAUCCCUAUUGAGAAGAUAGCUGUUCCUCCAAAAGAGAGGAAAAUCCGCGAAGUUGAUGAGAGCUUCAUUUCUCAGUUAGUCAAAAAUUUGAGAGAUCAACCAGAUGGCAACUACGAACCGUUGUUUGUCUUGRUGAAAGAUAUAGAAAAGAAGGAAACAUUUGACCACAGUAAASUUAAUGAAUAUGAWUAUGAAGUUCUUGGUGGGACACAUCUGUGCAUUGCGACAAAAGAACUACAUGACCUCUACCYAGAGGACAAGAACUACUGUGGUCGUGUUGCAAGAAUAUAUGUGGGACUGAAGGAUGAAGAAGCUMGAUGGCUAGGUGCUAUGCACAACAACACUGSGUCCUUUCRACAUGGACUCACUUAUAAAGAUGAGGUAGAAAUCUGCCGCACACAACUUUUUAGAGGUAGCUCUGCUGGAUCACCAAGUGAUACCUGGAGAGAYAUGUGCUCAAGUCUCUUGAAUAAAUCAAAAAGAAACUUGAGUGAAGUAUUCACAAUGGCGCAGACACCUGAAGAUGGAUGGAGCCACUUUUUAAAUUUGAAUUCAUUGUAUGAAAAGGGAGAGUUGAAGGACCAAAAAGUUAAGGCAUCUGAAAUCAUCAAGGGGAAGCCAGUGUUGAAGCAAUGGCAGUUUAAGGAACUGUGCAGUCUUUAUGAUGAAGACAAGAUUUUUCUUUUGGAGCAGGUUGCUAAACUUGAGAUGAGCCUUGAGGACAUGAAGUUAGCUGCCAAAGAAAUCAAACAGGUCAGACCUGUCCAAGAAGCAGUGGUAGAAUAUUUUAAACUCACCAGCUGGGAAGAUGCUAAGAAAAAGUUCAAAGAAUCAGUUUCAGUUAGCAGAUUGUUACGAUAUGCUGGAAAAGCAUUUGAAGAAACACAUGAAUUUCAAGUGUACCUGAAACACCUAAAAAGCCUAUCAACUUGUAUGGAUAAUGAUGGUCAAGAUGCAUCAUCAUCAGUGGAGCUCCUAAAUGGACAACUGGGAGCUAAAGGAAUGGUUAUAAAUGUGAAUAGCUUGAGCGAAUUCCAUCCUGAUUCUAUACGACUUCCCAAUUAUGAUGGCACUUUGCUAAGUAUUUGGGACUCCAGAGCAAAUAUAGAGAAUGCUAAAGGUACAGUGAAAUUAGUAUCAAGUAUGAAUUUUACGAAGCUCACAUCAUUCAAUGUUGUAUUGUUCACUGACGUGAGCAAUAUUAACAACAUUGAAACUGUGUUGAAGAAAGAAGGUGCCUUCAAAACCCAAGUUGGUUACUUUUAUCGAAAAGGAAAAAACUCCAACACCAAAGGAUCCUUAUUGCAAGAAAGUCUAUUGCCUUUUGUAAUUGGGCAGUGGUCUUUGUCAAAAGCACUCACUACGGGACUCAUUUCAGGUGUCAAUGAUGAUGUUAUAGAAGUCCUGUGCAAGAAAGGGGAGGACAUCCCAAAGCAAGCCUUUUCCUGGCUUGUUCAUCACCUGUCUAAGGAAGGGGAAACUGUACUAGAUGCAGAUUCAGAAAAUGGUUAUGUUUUCAUAUUUGCACUGAAUACUGGAAGAAAUGGGCUGUUCAUCACAACUUCUGAAGACAAGGAUGAACUCAAUUACAAAAUCCACMAGUCAUUAGAGAAGGUUGAGGCUCCAUCAGCAACCGCCAAUAAUUAGUGAUAUUUUGUGAAACUACAUGCACUUAAUCUGUGACAAAAGUAGCACUAGUGCAAAAUAACUGUGUUUUGUCUGCCAUUUUGCUACUUGUUCAUGGAUUAAGUGUGUGCAGUCCAGGAAGGUACGAGUACAUUUUUUAAUUUUAAUCUUGAUCAGAUUUUGUUGCAGAAAUUCUGCAACUUCUGUGAUUCUAGGGUGCAAAAAUUCUGCAACUUCUAUAGAUUCUAGGGUGCAGAAAUUCUGCAACUUCUAUGAUUCUAGGGUGCAAAAAUUCUGCAACUUCUAUAGAUUCUAGGGUGCAGAAAUUCUGCAACUCUAUGAUUCUAGGGUGCAGAAGUUCUGCAACUUCUAUGAUUCUAGGGUGCAGAAGUUCUGCAACUUCUAUGUUUCUAGGGUGCAGAAAUUCUGCAACUUAUGUGAUUCUAG